GAGCCAGAGCUCCCAGAACAUCUCUCCAACCAAGGGAUCUCACCAGCUGAUCAAGGGGGAAUCCACGAAUGCAUGAACUGAUCUCCAAAAACAAGAGGGAUCCUCAAAUAUAAGAACUGAUCUCCAAAAACAAGAGGGAUCCUCAAAUACAAGAACUGAUCUCCAAAAACAAGAGGGAUCCUCAAAUACAAGAACUGAUCUCCAAAAACAAGAGGGAUCCUUAAAUACAAGAACUGAUCUCCAAAAACAAGAGGGAUCCUUAAAUACAAGAACUGAUCUCCAAAAACAAGAGGGAUCCUCAAAUACAAGAACUGAUCUCCAAAAACUGAGGGAUCCUUAAAUACAAGAACUGAUCUCCAAAAACAAGAGGGAUCCUCAAAUACAAGAACUGAUCUCCAAAAACUGAGGGAUCCUUAAAUACAAGAACUGAUCUCCAAAAACAAGAGGGAUCCUUAAAUACAAGAACUGAUCAACAAAAACAAGAGGGAUCCUUAAAUACAGGAACUGAUCUCCAAAAACAAGAGGGAUCCUCAAAUACAAGAACUGAUCUCCAACCGAGGACGGAGGAAUCCACUUCUCCUUAACCUGAUCUCCUGAGGGAUCCCAUCAUUUGACCAACGGCAGAAGAAUUCAUCAGUACAUGGACUGAUCUUUAAAGGGAUCCUGUAAUACAUGAACCGAUCUCCAAAGGAAUCCUGUAAUACACAAACUGAUCUCCAGCCAAGGGAUCCCAUCAUUUCAUCCACAGCAGACUGGAGCUAGAAUAGCAGGGACUGAUACACGAAGUGGAUCCCUGGUCUCCAGCACUGAUCUGCCUCCUCCAGUAGAUCUCUCCUUCCAUCCCGCUCUGGACUUCCAGUAGCAGCCUCUGUGCCCAGGGAUCCAGUAGAUCACAGAGGGAUCCCUGCCCCUAUCCCCUGAGCUCACCACCAGCUGUCAUGUACUUGUAGGGCACCGAUCUGUCCCCGAUCACUACACUCACAUAUCAGGGUGCACUGCGCCCCCAGAACUUCUCCUUCCCCCUCAUCGCCCUGACAAUAACCCCCGGCUGUUGUGAUGCGUAUUCCCGUAGAUCCCAGCACCAGCCGGAGGUUCAGCCCGCCCUCCAGCAGCCUGCAGCCCGGCAAGAUGAGCGACGUGAGCCCGGUGCCCGGCGGCCCGCAGCAGCCCCAGCCCCAAGCGCAGCAGCAGGAAGCGGCGCUCCCGGUGCCCAGGCUGCGGCCACACGACAACCGCACCAUGGUGGAGAUCAUCGCCGACCAUCCGGCCGAGCUGGUGCGGACUGACAGCCCCAACUUCCUGUGCUCAGUGCUGCCCUCUCACUGGCGCUGCAACAAGACCCUGCCCGUCGCCUUCAAGGUGGUGGCGCUAGGAGAGGUGCCGGAUGGCUCUGUGGUCACCGUCAUGGCGGGGAACGAUGAAAACUACUCUGCUGAACUCAGGAAUGCAUCGGCCGUCAUGAAAAAUCAAGUGGCGAGGUUCAACGACCUGAGAUUUGUGGGCAGGAGCGGAAGAGGAAAGAGCUUUACGUUGACCAUUACAGUCUUUACCAAUCCACCUCAAGUCGCCACCUACCAUAGAGCCAUAAAAGUGACAGUGGAUGGGCCGAGGGAACCAAGACGGCACAGACAGAAGCUUGAUGACUCUAAGCCUAGUUUGUUCUCUGAGCGCCUCAGUGAUUUAGGGCGCAUUCCUCAUCCCAGUAUGAGAGUGGGUGUCCCAACUCAGAGUCCACGGCCCUCCCUGACCUCUGCAUCGAGUCCUUUUAAUCCACAAGGACAGAGUCAGAUUGCAGACCCCAGGCAAACGCAGUCAUCACCUCCAUGGUCCUAUGACCAGUCCUAUCCAUCGUAUCUGAGCCAGAUGACCUCUCCAUCCAUUCAUUCCACAACUCCCCUGUCCUCCAGCCGAGGUACAGGGCUUCCAGCUAUCACCGAUGUGCCUAGACGCCUCUCAGGUGCCUCAGAGUUGGGUCCUUUCUCUGAUCCUAGGCAGUUUACAAGUAUUUCUUCACUAACGGAAAGUCGCUUCUCAAACCCGCGAAUGCACUAUCCUGCCACAUUUACAUACACGCCUCCGGUCACCUCAGGGAUGUCACUGGGUAUGUCAGCAACCACUCACUAUCAUACGUAUCUACCACCUCCGUAUCCUGGCUCCUCCCAGAACCAAAGUGGACCCUUCCAAACCAGCAGCACUCCCUAUCUUUACUAUGGUACAUCGUCUGGAUCUUACCAGUUCCCAAUGGUUCCAGGGGGUGAUCGUUCUCCAUCUAGAAUGCUUCCUGCCUGUACUACAGCCAAUGGUAACACGUUGCUCAACCCAAAUUUGGGCAGUCAGAAUGAUGUCGUGGAUGCAGAUGGCAGUCAUAGCAGUUCCCCUACUGUUUUAAAUUCUAGUGGUCGAAUGGAUGAAUCUGUAUGGAGGCCAUAUUGAUCUUACCUCCAGCCUUGAUACCAUGGAAUUUUUAAGACUAAUCAAAAACAUAUGGAAGUGCCUUAAACAUUGAAGAAAAUGCCUUUUUUUAUAUGGUGUCAUAUUCUGUUUGUGACUCCAAGACUUUGUUGCAAUAGAACUUUCUGAUCAAUAAUGGCCGCUAUCAUUUUUAUAAAAAAAAGAUGGCUAAAAGCACACUUUGCCUUAAACUAUUGUUCUCUUCUAAUAUUUAUAUUGAACAAAAAACAUUCCAAAGUGAAAAGUUAAAAGAAACUCACUUAUUGUAUCCAAAGGGGUGGGGGGAAAUUAUUAUGUAGGAACCUAAGGAGACAAUCAUUCUAAUACCAAAAAUACAAAAAAAAAAAAAAAAUGCUAUAAAAAUUGUGCCUUAUUUACAGGAAGAAAGGGAAAACCUCAUAUGCAUCAAAAAGCUGCACAAAAUGUAUCUACAAGAUGAUCAAAAUGAUUCUGCAAUUAAUUUUUUGUGACGGUACAGACUCGGAACAAUGCAAAAUGCACUUAUCUCGAAAUUUGAAUUUUGCAUUUUACAAUUUUAACCAAAAAAAAAUAAUAAUAAUAAUUGUACAAGCAAAAAUAUUUUUCCUAUGCAAUUGCAAAUGUAACAAUAUUAGCUGGAAAGGUAUGAAUUUUAUUGUUCUUUAUUUUUAAUUUAUCGGUAUGUGGAAACUUUUUGUUUUCUUUUCGUUUUCUGUUAAGUUUGAUUCAUCGUAAUGUUUUUUUUUUCUUUUUAAUUUAUAAUUAUUUAAUAAUAUUUGGACCCUCAAGUGUUUCUUUAUAUGAAAUUGUGUAAACAGGUCCCUAAACCUAUAUAUAUAUUUUUUUUUUCUUAAAAUUUUUGCAAUUCACAAAGAUAUAACAUUUUCCUAAAAUAUCAAUUAUACAUCUAUGUGUAAAAUUAAAAAGCUAAAUAUACCUGCUAUACUCUGUGGAAGCUGACAUUUUAUUGGUUGACAUUUGAUGAAUUAAACAAUUAGCAAAAAUCAUAGAAACCCAAAGCUGAGUUGAUUUCCAAAAUUGGAAAAUAAAACACAUUGGCUUACAUUUUAAUUAGAGAUGUCCCGAUACCAUUUUCUCAAUACAGAGUACUGAUACUUUUUUUUAAAGUAUCUACCGAUACUAAUACCAAUAAGUUUUUAAUGUGAAAUGUAAUGUAAUGUGACAGCAGAGUUGGCUCGAGACUUUGUGAAGCCUUAGGUGAAAUUUGACCGUGAGGACCUCACUGACACUCAUAGUUAAAGGGGUAUUCCAUGAAAAAAACAUUAUUUUUAUUUUUUUAUAUCAACUGGCUCCAGAAAGUUAAACAUAUUUGUAAAUCACUUCUAUUAAAAAAAACCUUAAUCCUUCCAGUAGUUAUCAGCUGCUGAAGUUGAAUUGUUCUUUUCUUUCUGACAACAGUGCUCUCUGCUGACACCUCUGCUUGCCUCAGGAACUGUCCGAAGCAUUAGAGGUUUGCUAGGGGGAUUUGCUGCUACU